UUCGUAUUCUAGAAUAGGGUCGGGAUUCGGGAAUUGGGAUUCAGGGAUCAGAAACUGAAGAUUCAGGAUAGAAAAUUGGUGAAGAACGGAAUAAUGUAUUUUACAGUCAGUUGAUUAGGUGACAGGUUACCACGGAAGUAAUUUAAUAUUUUAAUCUAAUCUCACUGUGGUGCAAUUUAAUUGAAACAAUUCAGAUUUAAUACAUUAAGAUUUCCAAUCCUGUAAAAUGUCAACUCCAGCCAGACGACGUCUUAUGCGUGAUUUUAAGAGACUGCAAGAAGAUCCCCCUACAGGUGUGAGUGGUGCUCCUACAGACAAUAAUAUAAUGAUUUGGAAUGCUGUUAUUUUUGGACCUCAUGAUACUCCAUUUGAAGAUGGAACUUUUAAGUUAACCAUCGAAUUCACAGAGGAAUAUCCUAAUAAACCACCAACUGUGAGAUUUGUUUCCAAAAUGUUUCAUCCGAAUGUGUAUGCAGAUGGAGGAAUCUGUUUAGAUAUUUUGCAGAACAGAUGGAGCCCUACAUAUGAUGUUUCAGCAAUAUUAACUUCCAUACAGUCUCUACUAAGUGAUCCAAACCCUAAUUCACCAGCCAACUCCAUGGCAGCUCAGUUGUACAAAGAAAGUAGAAGAGAAUAUGAAAAGAGAGUGAAAGCAUGUGUUGAGCAAAGUUUUGUGGAUUGACAUUUCUUACCUUAACACAACUUCAAAAAAAGUAAUUGGAAGUAAAAACAUUUUUAAUGUGUAAAGUCGUUAAUUUUUAACGUUACUUUUGCAUUGAUAGUGACACGAUUGUACAACAUUUUCUCUUUUUUUGUGUUACAAGUUUGUGUAGUAUAAAUGGUACCAGCAAAUAUUGCCAGUUUUAUGAAUGAAGUUUUUAAAACCUUGUCAAGUUUUACGUAAGUUUUUCAUUUUUAAUAUUCUUAAUAGAAGCUUUUAUUUAUUUAUUCACAUAUCUCUAAUAGUGAGUGUGAAGGCUAAAUAAGCUGUGAAAUACUGAAAUGGAUAUAAUUUUGUAUGACAUAUUUAUUUAAUAUUAUAUUUAUAAGUUUGUGUCAUGUCUUUAUAAACAAGAUCAUAGUUUACAAGCAUCCUUCCACCUUUAUAAAGAAUAUUUAUUUGGUUUAUUAUUAACACACAUAAUUGUAGUUAGUAGUGGUAUAUUUUACUGUGUAAUCUAAUUUGAUUAUUCUGUAUCAAAUUUGUUACGUGAACUGUUUCAUUGUACAUAUUUCUUCUCGAUAAGUGUAAUAUGCAUAAUAAACAAUUUCCUCUGUUAUUUAAACUGUUCGUGAUUAAUAUUUUAUAUUGAAGAUAAAUGUACAAAUAAGUUUUUUUUUAGUGCUCAAUAUGAAGAUUAUUAUUUAGGAUUAUGAUUGAUCUUAUGAAUGUGUUGGUAAUUUUUAUUUCUUGCAUAAUAGUUUUAAAAUAAUUAAAUCAUGUUUGUAAUUCACAGAAUGUUUUCCAAAGAACAAUUCUUAGCCACAAAUCUCAGCACUCUCCUAUAUCUGUUAUAUUCUUAAUUUGUGUCAUCACACUAAUGUAAGCUAGGAUUACCAUAGUUUGGACACAGUCAUUGAAAAUAAGGACAAGGAAUAUUAAUUAGGCCUCUUGAAUAAAUAUGAUACAAAUUAUGAACAGUAUUUAUUUCACAUGAAAACCGAAAAUUAUGACUUCAGUAAUUGAAAGUCUUACUCUUUAUAUUCCUAUGUGCAGCUAUAUCCCAGUUCUUACACAAAACAAGUAAAUAUGACAUUAUUCAAAUUACUACCUGGAGACAAUCAAUUAUCUGAAUUGUUCUAGAAAUCCGCUUUGAACAGUUCUAAUGUAGUUACUCGAUACAAAAAUAUUAAAUGAUAGUUACAGGUUUUUAGAUAUUUGAAUUAUAACUAACUCUUGAGGAUAACACUGGUCAAAGUAUCUGGUUAUCACUUGUUGUGGUUAUCAUAAUCUUUAUCAAUAAUCGUGUCACUGUUGCAUGAAAAGUGAGGUUAUGUACUUAACCUUAUAAGAAUUUCUGGUGAAGCCAUUUAGCACUCACACUGGAGGAAAAAUUAAAUAUAGUCAAAUCAGGGAGACCAUUUUAAGAACUUGUAUUGUUAAAAAAAGAGUAGAGUUACAUUAAGACACUUUACUGCCUACAAUUAAUUAUGAAUCUCACAACUGGCUUUGUGGCUGUGAAAACCUAAUAAAAGAUAGUUUUAGC